UGGCGGUCUUAACUAAGAUAAGGCAUAUGCAGGUCUUCAGCCUUUAUAGAUCACUAAAGAUCUAGCUUUUCUAAAGAUAAAAGCCAUAUUGUAAUUGUAGUGUAGUAAAUCAAAAACUAGAUUAAAACAAAAUUUGUUAAUCCUGUCCUUAGGAAAGACAAGUGGAUAGCUUAAAUUACCCUACUCCAUCCAGAAGUUUAACUGCUUUCUAUUAACUUCUUGUUUGUUUUUGUUUUUUUGUUUGUUUGUUUUUCCCAAGAAGUACUUCACAGGCAAUGUAAGCUCAGCCCCAAGACAGACUCUUAAAAUGAUUCAACAUUCAGCAACAGGAUGCCUUGUUGGCAGGGUAAAGGAACCUGCUAAAUGUUCAAUCAAAAGGAAACUUUGGAGUGAUCAGCUAACUGCAAAGACAUGCAAAGCUGUUUUAGGCUCAGAACAGGAAAAUGAAAAUCUACAAGGAGUUAUUCAAGCUGUUGAUCUCAUGGCAAAAAAAAAUCCUUCCUCUCGGUACUGGAAGGAAGUGGCUGAAGAAAGGAGGAAGGCACUGUAUGAAGUUCUUCAAGAAAAUGAAAAGCUUCACAAAGAAAUUGAACAAAAAGAUGGUGAAAUUGCCCGUCUAAAAGAAGAAAAUGAUGAACUAGUAUUACUUGCAGAACAUGUGCAGUACAUGACAAAUAUGAUUGAGAGACUAACUGGGCAGGCACCUGAUGGCCUUCAGUCACUGAAAAAUCUAGACUUGGAAGAAUUUGAGAAGGAAGAUGAAGAGAGUGAUACUGAGGGUGAUGUAGAUUGUGAUUCCGAAGAGCUGCCUUCACAGGUUUCAUGUGCUGCUAAGGAGGAUGCUACUGAUUCACCUACAAAGAUAGCUAAAAGUCUGUGAAAAUGGCUUGGCAAACUUGAGUGGCCAGUGUACAUGUGGCUUCCUAUUUUAAUUACUAAAUGACUGAAAGAAUACACUGCCAAAGUUUACCUCGGAUAUAAAUUAAGUCUUGUGGAAGCUUUAAAUGUUCACAAUGGGUUUUAACUGGUAACAUGUAGCAAUGGAAAUAGCUGUAUACUAUCUAAACAGGUGUUACAGACUGAAUGUGGUCACUUCUACAAAAUGGAAAUACUAUGUAUUUCUAAUGUAAAUAGUAUCUGUUGCUUUUACAUGAGAAUGUGUACUUGAUAAAUAAACUCUACCAAAAUAC